GGGUCUUCUCCAACACCACAGUUCAAAAGCAUCAAUUCUUUGGUGCUCAGCUUUCUUUAGGUCCAGCUCUCACAUCCAUACCUUUUUUUAAACCAACACUGAAAAAUCGGGAGGUGCCGCAUAAAGAUUCAGACUCCUGUUUGCUCUUGAAACGUUGGCAACCCUUCUUGAAGUUGGACCCAUGUCCCCUCGUGGCCACAGUGAUUGGUCACUGCCUUCUCCGUGGCCACAGCGCCCACUGUCCGUCCUGCAUGCCCCUGCUCCCUCCACUACCUGCUCUCCCCACCACGGGGGUCUCAGUGGCCCAGAAUGGCUGCCGGCUGCCCCCCAGGCUCCUCGUGGAACUCGUCAGGCCCCAGCAGGGCUGCUGUGAUGCUGGAGUCCCUGCCCCGGGCUGACUCAGCCCCAGACUCUCUGCCCUCUCCUUCCUCCCAUGACCUGGUGCCCACACUUCUCUCACCGGUGGUGAGUCAGCACCAGGGGGUCCACGCCCCGAAGCGCCCCCCCACCCCAGGCCUCCCCCGCAAAAUCCCUCCUCCCCACGCCCUGCGGCCGGCUCUGUUGCCCUGCAGGCUCUUCUCUAUCCCAGGGUUUUCAAAAAGCCUAUUUCAUCGCGUGUUCAUGCCAAUAUACUCUCACUGAGCAGGUACACGCACAGGUGUACAGAUCACGCACGUGUGUUUGUACACACAUGGAUGCAUAUCUGUACAUGCACACACACAGAUAGAAAUCUCCGCACGCACACAGUUGAUAAGUUGUACUUGGAGCCGCAGGCCUCAGACCACCCGGGGUGUAGUGCCGUGCUCAUGUGAGGAACCUGCCGCAGAAUCAUAGCUCCACAGAGAGACUCCGAGACCCCUGUCGUGUCCCUCUGGCCCGCCUCAGGCACCCAGCUGGGCCGCUACAGGUCUCCCCAGGCUUCCCGUCACUGCGCCUUCUCUGCCGCCUCGCGGGUAGACUCCAGGCCCUGGAUGGCCCGCGAGCACCUGGCUCCCGCCGGUGCGUCAGGGCGGUUUCAGCCGCGGCAGGUCACAGGAAACCCGAGCUCGUGUGGGCAGGGUCAGAAGGAAACUUGGCAUCUCCCAGAACGCAGUUUCCAGGGCAGGGGACUGCGCGGGCAGACAGUGGCGUCACCACCAGCUGACAACGCGUCCGAGGACCGGCAUCUUCCCAUCGCUGGCUGGUGGUGACGCCAGCAGUGGCGGCAGGCCCCCCAGGAGAGGCGGGCUGACCUUCAGAGGUGAAGGGCAAGGCCCUGAGAGGCUGUUGAGCUGGGCACUGGGCAGAACGUGGACCCCGCACCCGCGGCAGCAGGCACACGGAGGGGCUGCCGCCUGGGGGGUCAGCGUCUCCCCAUCCCUGGGUGCUGGGUGUGGGCCCUCGGAUGGGACGCUGGCUGCAGGGCUACCGUCCACGCUGAGGCUGUCUGUUUUUGUCCAGGACUGAGAACAGGCCACACCAAGCUGUCAGAGGGAGGGUGGCCACUCAGCCAGCCGCGGGCCCAAGGCUCCGUCCUGGGGCCUUCACCGUGUUGGGAGCUGGUUGGUCAGUGGAGAGCAGCUGGGUCAGGGUCUGGGCGUCCUGGGGGUUGGCCGCCCCCCAACCUGGGCAGAGGAGGUCUUUGUUUGUCAGCCACGCACCCCAGGCCUGGGGGGUUCCUGCCUGUGGGGCUCAUGAGCUGCCUGGGAGGCAGGCUUGUAGGAGCAUGUGCCCGGCUCCCCCGAGGGGUGACUGGCCCGUCUGAUGCCACGGGCUGCUCGGGGUCCAGGCUGGGCUCCGGGGGAACAAGGGGGCAGAGCUGGGUGGCGGCAGGAACAGCCUUGUGGGGGUGGCUGGGUGGCCUUGGGCGGGGGUCCGGUGGGAGGCCUCGGACGAGGGGGCAGGCCACUGGCCUGCUUGGGGCUUCGGUCCCACGAGCUCACAGGUGGGCCUGGCCGGCCACGGUGGAAGCAGAGAAGAAGACCAGCUUCCCGUUUGUUACUGAAAAUGUAACCGCCUUGACCACUGGGCCUGCACAGGCUGGGGGCAUUCAGGCCUUUAAGAGUGACCGGUUUGCUCAGAACCAGCCCAGGCUCAAGGUGACCUUGAAGACGGGAGGCCGUGUGGAGGCUGUGCUCCCGGGAAAAGGCGGUCCCCACCGAGGACCCCAAGACGAUUGCCUUCGCUGGCGAGUCUGGGGCGGGGUGGUUCUGACCCGAUGGCUCUGGGCCCUCGGGGGCUGGGCUCCCGUUCCUGGGAGGUUCUGAACAGGGGUUGCUGAGACCCUCCUGAGGGGCUGGGGCAGCAGUCAGAGGCCCGAGGAGGGCAGGACCCUUCAAGGUCCCCCAGAUUCCUCCUGCCGCCCAGCGCCGCCCGGGGUCCAGCUGAGCUCCUGGCUGGAAUCACAUCCCUGGUUUCCUGGGUUAGGAAGCGUCUUGUUCCCAAGCUGCCCGGGAAAGGAGUAACUCCCCUCACACGCUGGCUUCUUUCAUCUCUUUCGCGCAGUGUGUUUGAUGGUUCACAGAAGCCAACAGUCACAGCAGAUGUGCAGACAGUUGGCAAAGAAAGGGCACUUAGGGUCCCACCCCAAAGGCACACCCACGCUUAGCACUUUGGUGUCUAGCCUUCUGAACUGUUCACUGCUUGUGUGUGUGUUCAUUUCUCAUUAUUUUUUGAACAAAAAUGGGAAACAUUGUUGUAACGAUGUAUAACUGCUCUCUUGGGGCCUCUUCCUGCAUGAAACACGCAAAUGGCUGUUUGUUUCCUCCUCUUCCGUCCUGAUGGGAGUGGCUCAGAGGCCCACAGUGCACCAUUACAGGUGAAUUACGAUGCUGGACCAUGGUCAGAACUAGAAAGAGAUCCCAGGAGGUGCUGGGGCCAGAAGGUGGUCACCAGUGGCUGCGGGGGGCCCGGUUCAGCUGCCGGCCUGGGGACUGGGGCGGCCAGUGUCCAGACAGGGCCGGCCGAGAGGGGUCUGUCUUGCACACGGUGGCCUCACACUCAGCCCCUGCCCCGCUGUCCUUAGACACAUGCCGUGCUCUCAGCCCCCUGCCCAUGUGGGCAUGCUGACUCUCACCUCAGAGGCGGGCACAGGGGUCGGGGGGUGCCGAACUUGGAUCAGGGGUGGUUCCCCGGGCUGCUCUCUGGGGUGGCUGUGAGCCAGGCCAUCUCAGAGCCUUCGGAAGCCGUCCUUUCUUGGCGGGCGUCCCAGGGACAUCUUGAGGGUCUGGUAAUGGAUGGGCUGUGGCCUGUGGGCCCGUGAAGGGCACGAGGUGUCGCCGGGGUCACGGCGGACGUUCACCCUGUGAGUCGCAAGCGGGGCAUCCUGUCCUCGUCGCGGUCACGAUUCCACUCCCCUUUCCGUGGUGUCGGCCUGGCUGGCCCCGGGGACCCCUCUGGCCAACAUCAGAACUGCCGUGGGCAGGUCCAGGCUCUGCAGCCUGUGGCCUUGACCCUGCUGAGCCUGCCUCCAGGCCUGGACGCUGCCCCGGCCCCUGUGGGAGGCCCAGCAGACCCUCAUUCUCUGCAUGUCAGGACCCCUUCUCCUUGGGGUCGGGGUCGGGGCUGGUCUGCCCACGUCAGGACGAGCCUGGGCCCUGGAAGCCCCUUCCGGGUCUCUGUCCUUCGGGAGAGCAGGCCCAUGUUCUUCUCCGGGUGCCGCCUUUUGCUGUGGCCGUGAGCCCCGGACACCAGGGUUGAGUGGCCGUGGGUGCAGCCUCUGGACCUUGAGGGAGUGACAGGCCUCAGGGGCUCGGAGCUGCCUGGGGGGCUGGUCCUGCACGCUCUCAGCCAGGCUGGCCUCACGUGGCCCGGCUCCCUGGUGCAGCCCCGGCCAGCGUGGGCCGGGCAGCUGGCUGCCAUCAAGGUCGCUCCGGGGGGGACAGGGAGCGUCUGUGUGGGCGGCCAGCCGGGGGAGGCCGCAGCGGAUACGGCGGCCCCUGGAGGGGGAGAGCCUGGCCCGCGGGGGUGCAUGGCAUGAGAGGCCCCAGGCUGAGUCGCCGCCUUUGUUCCCCACUUGUUCGCUCCGGGUUUGGCCGAGGGGUGGUAAGGACCGCCCCCGAGGCUGGCACCUCUGCCUACGUGGACCCCUUGGGGAGGCUGUCCCGGCCUGGCCAUGGUGGUCACCCGGCUGAGCCUGGAGCUCCGCUUCCAGGGCGGGAGGCUUCGAGGUGUGCGCUGCGAGCUUGCCCGCUGGCCCCGGGGGGCAUCCCCCGAGCCCGCCGCCAGAAUCCUGGGCCAGGUCCUGGUACCAGUGCUGCUGUCUGGCCUGGGUGUGGUGGCGGCCGGGCUGCUGAUGAACCGCGUGCAGCACUGGCCCGUGUUCACGGAGAUGAAGGACCUGCUGACCUUGGUGCCGCCCCUGGUGGGCCUGAAGGGCAACCUGGAGAUGACGCUGGCCUCGAGGCUUUCCACUGCGGCCAACACCGGGCAGGUCGAUGACCCCCAGGAGCAGUACAGGGUGGUGAGCAGCAACCUGGCCCUCGUGCAGGUGCAGGCUGCCGUGGUGGGGCUCCUGGCUGCGGUGGCAGCCCUGCUGCUGGGCCUGGCCUCCGGCCAGGGGCUGGAUGUGGUGGAGGCCCAGGUGCUGUGCGCCAGCAGCGUCCUCACCGCCUCCCUGGCGGCCUGCGCCCUGGGGACACUGAUGGUCUGCAUCGUGGUCGGCGCGCGGAAGCUGGGGGUCAACCCGGACAACAUCGCCACGCCCAUCGCGGCCAGCCUGGGCGACCUCAUCACGCUCUCCCUGCUGGCUGUGGUCAGCAGCUUCUUCUACAGACACAGAGACAGCCAGUACCUGACGCCGCUGGUCUGCGUUGGCUUCGCGGCGCUCACCCCCGCCUGCGUCCUCGUCGCCAAGCAGAACCCACCCGUCGUGAGGAUCCUCAAGUUCGGCUGGUUCCCCAUCGUCCUGGCGAUGCUCGUCAGCAGCCUCGGGGGGCUCAUCUUGAACAAGACCCUGUCCCGGCCGCAGUUCAGAGGCAUGGCCGUCUUUGCCCCCAUCAUCUGUGGUGUUGGAGGCAACCUGGUGGCCAUUCAGACCAGCCGGAUCUCCACGCACCUGCACCUGUGGGGCACGCCCGGGGUCCUGCCCCUCUGGAUGAAGAAAUGCUGGCCCAACCCCUGCUCCACGUUCUGCAGCUCAGAAAUUAACGCCACGUCGGCCCGCGUCCUGCUGGUGCUUGUGGUGCCCGGCCACCUGGCCUUCUUCUCCAUCGUCUCCCUGCUGGAGGGCCAGUCAGUCCCAAGCGAGAGGACCUUUGUGCUCCUGUACCUGCUGGCGGGCCUGGUCCAGGUGACAAUCCUGCUGCACCUGGCUGACGUGGCGGUCCGGCUGGCGUGGCGGCGGGCCCUGGAUCCAGAUGACCACUGCAUUCCGUACCUUACAGGGCUUGGCGACCUGCUGGGCACCGGCCUGCUGGCACUUUGCUUCCUUGCCCACGGGCUGCUGCGGACUGGGGUGCAGCCGGGCGGCCCCCUGGACCUGGCACCUGGACCCUCCUAGGGGCCCGGGAGCCCCCACCCCGCGCCCACAGGCCCGAUCCCAGGGCUGGGGCGGCCUCUGUCCAGCACACACCUGCCAGGGGCGGGGGGUGGGCCCCUCAACCUGCAAGGCCAUCCUCCCUACUCUUCCAGGCAUAGGCCUGCUCUCCCUUUCUGCUCCCUGCAUCCUGGUCAUCAGAAACCUGUGCUUAGAUUUAAACCCCCAAAGGAUGGUAAAGGUGAGACCGGACCCCAGGCCCACCCUGAGGGGAGGGGAUUGGCCCCACACCACGACGAGGAGAGGACGCAAGAGCUUCGGUUGAGAGAAAGAAUGCCCAGCUUCUGGCUCGGCUACAAAAACUUUUAUUCACUCGCACAAAGAGCUGGGCCCAACAGCAGCAGGGACCUCAGUGCUGGGAAACGGAAGCUGGUCCCGAGCACCUAUGGGGACAAAGGUCCAGCCCUGGCCCAGAGGCUGCGUGUCCAGGGCGCUCUGGACAAGCGGGGAGCUGAGGUGCUGGUGGGGAGGCUGAGAUCCACCUACAGAUGAGGAUGCAGCCCCCCACCCGCUCCCCCACAGGACACCGGGGGCCACCAUGGAAAGCGGGGUCACUCCCACAGGCCGAGGCCCACGCCUCAGGAGACAGAAAGCAGAGUGAGAACCAACAGCACCUGAACGCCAGUGCCUGCAAAGGCACAGGGACCGGCUCCGGGGCCGGCGUCCACCCUGCAGCGGGCAGUCACGCAGUCACAGCUCGCAUCCUCUCGCAGGGCGGGCUGCGCACUGAGAGCCAGCACACGCAUGCGUGCACACCUGAGCGGCCCCGGGCCAGGGUCCGAAAUGCACCCCAGUGCUCGGAGGACAGCCUUGCAAACCACUGUCGGCUGCCACGAGGUACCGACACCCAAAUAAAAACUAAGAAAGCU